ACUUUCAUACUUAUUCACUUACUCCGUACGGCAACACAUCACCUAAGCCGUUACAUACACACUUAUACACACACUUAUCUUAUACACACUCUUCCGAGUUGUUGAUCCGUCUUACACUUACAUCAUCCCCCCUGCCCUACCGAUUUACUUACAUUAUAUACGAACAGCUACCCUUGGAGAUGCGUGCAUGAGGGAUUCGCUUCAAUAACCUUACCUACCUUACCUACCAAGUUCCCCGUCGCAGCGUCGCCCCGGUCCGCUGCAACGCAACCUACUAAGCUUAUUAGCUACCGUUACCAAAUCGCUACUCUCGGGCCUUUGUUGGCCCCUUGACGCCCACGUUCCCAGCGUUUCCCAGCGGUAGCCUCGAUUUGCUCAUUCAUUCACUAGAGCGCCCACCGCUCCUUUGAUCCCGCGCGAAUUUAGCUUGAGCUUGUUGAACGCCAAUCCGUUUUGCAACCUCGAGCCUCGAGCAAACCCUCUGGCCUUCUCAACUUGUUCCGGCCUUGAUUAAAACAUCACAAUGUUAAUUGACGGCGAGAAAUGGGCUUGCGAAGCCUGUGUUAGAGGACACCGGGUUAGUAAUUGCCAACAUUCAGAUCGACCGCUUCAGCACAUCAACAAGAAAGGCCGGCCCGUGUCGCAAUGCCAGCAUUGUCGCGCGAUGCGCAAGUCUCGGUCGUCUCAUAUAAAAUGCGAUUGCGGCGAGAAGACGCAUAAAUGCGCCCAUCUAAAGCAGACAGUUGAAGGACAUAAGGACAGCUGCUGUUGUAACCACGGAGGACGAUGCACAUGUUCGCAUAAGAAAGAACCCGCGCUCGAUACCGUCCCAGAGUCCGAUUCCGAAGCGGAACCAGAUGCUCAACCGGCCAAGCCCAAGGCUACCCCCCGGCGACGGCGUACGAACACGGCGCAUUCCGAGCCCGUCCUGAGCUUUGACGAGAAUGGUCACCACAAACCUCCGCAGAGGCAUACAAAGGCCUCGCAGAAGAGUGGUCCCUAUACCAUAAAUCGCGGCUCGUCCAUGCAUAGGACUGGUAGCUCGAGUAGUCUAGGAACUAAAUCCGUCGAUCGAUCCCGAAUGACCGGCUCUUCGUCACCUGAUAGAGAGACACGGAUGGCGAAAUCCGAGCAAGCGUCGCCUUCGAUCGAAGGACACUCGUCGUUCCAGCAUCUCAAUGGUCAAUUGCCGCCAUUGGACCUUUCGAACAUCCAUUACCCCGAGUACUCCUCCUCGUUCGACCUUUUCUCGGGCGUCUCCGAUUACGAGCCACCCAUGUUCAGCGCAGGUCUUAGCGCGGCGUCGGUCGAUUGGGCACAAUACGACGGCUUAGAGCUGAAGGGUGAAAGCUUCACACCCUCGAGUUUUGACCAGACGCAGUCGUACAUGGGACUCGACUUCGGUGGCUCUACAGAGCCGACUUUAACCUCCAAUUCGGGCGAUGUGUCUGAGACGGAAGACUUGGCCUCCGCAUUCAGCGAACCGCAGUUUGACGGCUACGGCAAUAGUGCCGCGAGCAGCUAUAUGGCCAUGUCACAAAGUAUACUUACCGACAAUGAUCUGAGUAACCUUGACUUUAACCAGUUCAAGAAUACGACGACUGCGAGCAAGUUGCUGUCCAACCAGUCCUCGUUUGACGAGGGCAGCUCUGUCUUCCCUCUCAUGGAGGAUGACUCUAUCUGGGGUAUGAGCAAUUUCACCGACGGCAUCACGCACUCGCCGGAUCCCGUAGCGUCCGGCCUGUGGGAUACCGCUUAGACCAGUUCGCCACCACAUCUCUUUGUGUGUGUGACUACGGGGCGCAUACGCCCGGUGAUAAUAUACAUACCGGCAGGCUCCGAUAAUACGGAACUCCAGCGUUUUGAUUUCUCGCGCUGCAUUCUUCUUCAAUCAUGAUACCACGCGCUUUAUGACAAACUUGAGCUCUUGUUAUAUCCAUCGUAUACCCCUUAGGGAGUCUAGUUUCGCGCUCUCAUUAUUUCUUUUUCUUCUGCUGUCGAAUCAGUUCAUUCUGAUCAUAGCUCUCAUCAAACGGACAAUGGCGCGGAUUUGCGAAAACCUUUAUUAUUUUUUUC